AUGGAUAGAUUGAGAAAUUUGGCAUCUCAGAAAGCAGUAGUGAUUUUUUCCAAGAGCUCAUGCUACAUAUGCCAUAGCAUCCAGACACUCUUUUAUGAGCUUGGUGCAAGCCCUGCUAUUCACGAGCUUGACCAUGAAGCAAAUGGGCGAGAAAUUGAUUGGGCUCUUAGAGGUCUAGGGUGCAACCCCUCUGUUCCAGCUGUGUUCAUAGGAGGAAAAUUUAUAGGCUCAGCAAAAGAUGUUAUUUCUCUCCACGUUAAUGGGGAUCUGAAACAAAUGCUGAUAGAUGCGAAGGCCAUCUGGUUGUAA